AUGAGAUUCAUUGCAUUGGUGUCGUUUGCGGCCUCGGUGCUGGCGGCUAGCCGUACUACUGCUCCCUCUGGUUCGAUUGUCGUGGCUAAGUCUGGCGGUGAUUACUCUACUAUCAGCAAAGCUAUUGCGGCCUUGAGUACCACCAGCACCAGCACGCAGACUAUCUUCAUUGAAGAGGGCACCUACAAUGAACAGGUGUAUAUUCCCAAGCUGGCGGGAGAGUUGAUCAUAUACGGGCAGACCGAGGAUGACACCUCCUACUCCUCCAACACUGUCACCAUCACCUACGGCCUUAGCUUGGCAUCCGUCAGUGAUGACGAUGAGACCGCGACGCUGAGAAACUACGCCGCCAAGUCCCGCAUAUACAAUAUCAACGUGAAGAACACCUAUGGUGAGGGCCACCAAGCCCUCGCACUCAGUGCCUACAAUACCGAGCAAGGCUACUACGGCUGCCAAUUCACCGGCUUCCAGGACACCGUCCUCGCCGAGACCGGCUACCAAGUCUACGCAAAGUGCUACAUCGAAGGUGCCAUCGACUUCAUCUUCGGCCAAACCGGCAACGCCUGGUUCGACGACUGCGACAUUGGUGUCCUAGCUUACUCCGAAGGCACCAUCACCGCCCAGGGUCGUCCCUCCAGCUCUGACUCGGGAUACUUUGUUAUCAACGGUGGCACUGUCAGCGCCGCAUCUGGCGAGAGCGUCACAAAGGGCACUUACUAUCUUGGUAGGCCCUGGACUGAGUAUGCGCGUGUGGUCUUCCAAAAGGUCUCUCUCAGUGAGGUAAUCAAUUCUGCUGGUUGGAUUGAGUGGUCCAGCAGUGAGCCUAACACUGGGGAUGUCUUGUUUGGGGAAUAUGAUAAUUCGGGUGCUGGUGCUUCGGGUAAGAGGGCUGGCUUUGCUGAGAAGUUGUCUUCGGCGGUUUCUAUCUCGAGUAUCCUUGGGAGCAGCUAUACUAGCUGGGUGGAUACUAGCUACCUGUCCUAA